GCAGGCGAAAUUUCCUUUCUUAAAGGAAAUAGUUCCCUCUGUGUUUGUGCUCGCUCGCUCGGGCAACCUAUGCUGGUCCUACGCUUAUGCUGGCUGGUUGUUACAAGGCUACAGAUAGUGUGCUGUGGGGUUGGGGACUUUGUAGGGUGUUGUGGUUGGGCACCGUUUUGUCCUGUCAAAAUCUUGUAGCCUACCGCGCUUGUGAGUCAUGUUUUCGUCGUGUAACGACACCAUGUGACACGUAAAAAGGCAUCAAACUAGCUGGUUUUGCCCUGUGACCGUUGUCUCUCGUUGGAUUUGGAUGCCCUUCCUGAUUCUUACGGGAUUAAACAGGCUUGUAAGUGAAAAUCUGAAUAAUCACACGGAGCAGGAGCUGCGUAAGUAAAUUUUACUCUGCGCAAGUGCAAAGGUGCUCAUGGGAAGCUUGGCGUUGGCACUCGGCAGUUAAAACUGCCUUUGCAGACGGCGUGGAAAGUCAUUCCGAAACCACCUUCGAACUUAGUUACGCACGGGCACGGCAGUGAAGGGGAUCACACUUAACAAGUUCCGCUGCAGGAAUGGAGUACCAAGCAUCAUUGUGCAUUAACAAGUUCACAUGAUGCACUAGGCCGACUAUGUGCGGGCCCCUCGUUGCCGCGGAGAGCAAACCAAGAGAGAGAAACAGCGCAAUUAGCUACGAGUAACCCUUUUAAUCUCGCUCCCUCCCCUGAGAUUUCUCUUUUCUCUCUCUCUGCUUAUGCGCUGAGCGCCCUGGAAGUACGAGAAAGAGGCACAGGGAAAAACAGAAAGACCACCGCCGCAAACAACACCGGCCACGCCGAACCUUUUCAGGCUUACAUUUAGCGGCAGGCACCAAUCCAUCCAAAACUGUAAAGCCACCGGGACAGGAGGAUCCUCCUAGACCUCUGCGCUCCUGCCUCUGCCUGAGCCACCGGGAUCGGCAAUCAACCCAGAAAAGCUGCCAUUGCUGCUGCUGCAGGAGCAGCAGGAGGCGGGAAGGGAGCUCCCGGCCGGAGCAACCAAGAACAACAAUGCCCCUGUCAAGGCACACGGUGGCCAACGAGUACUCCCUCGGCGGCCGCGACCUCUACAAGCGGGCCGACCAGCACGACCCCGAGGCCGUCCUCGACGGCGUCGCCACCGCCGGCCUCGUCGGCCUCCUCCGCCAGCUCGGCGACCUCGCAGAAUUUGCGGCAGAGGUGUUCCACGGGCUGUAUGAUGAGGUGAUGACCGCGUCGGCGCGGGGGCAUGGUCUCGUGCUCCGGGUGCAGCAGCUGGAGACAGAGUUGCCACUCCUGGAGAAAGACGUCUGUCAGAGAGAUUACCUGUACAUAGCUUCUAACAGGGGAGUUGAUUGGCAUGCGAACCUGAGGGUGGACCAUGGGGUUGUGACGACGGGCGACACGCCUUGCUUCAUCAUGGAUUCCAUCAAGCAGUGCCAUGGGCCUCCAAGAUUGUUCAUGCUUGACAAGUAUGAUAUUGGCGGCGAGGGAACGUGCAUGAAGAGAUACUCAGACCCGGCCUUCUUCAAGACAGAUUCCGCAUGUUCCAGAAUGCUGCAGGAAGGAAUGAGAACAGAAAGAAGACCAAUUAGAACCAUGGAGAUCAGGCCGAACCUGCAGAAUGCUGAGAUUUUCAGAGCUUCUGAUGGAGCCAACAAUGACUCAAGGUUCAAGACUGAUUUAUCGGGUGAAGUGUUGGAUGAAGUCCCGACAAGGCGGCAAAGACUGAAGCACCGACAACUAAACGGGACCGUGUUCCGAAGCUUCAGACCGCAGAUGCAGGAUCUUUAUGAAAAGGCUUCACCAGAGGAGAAAACCUUCUCCAUGGAUCGAUCAGAGGUGCAGAUAUCUUUCACCGACUCACCCGACACAAACGUCGAAGAGAGAGAUAUCAUGGUGGACACUUCCAGCACCACUGAGAAGGGCAAGGAAGGCUACUACGCCACAGCACGCAAGAGGAGGUCGACUUCCCAAGAAACACCGUCAAGCUGUUCAGCAGGAAGCAGCAAGGGAUACAGCUCUGAAGUUGAUAUUUACGUGGACACACUCACCACAAUGGGGUCUGAAGUGGAGACAGACUCAGAGCACAGGGACCAUGGUGGACAAGGUGCCUUUGCAUUAGGCAAGAUGUGCUCUGAUGCUCAGGGCGCCGCCGUCUCCAGGUCUAGUACCUUCAGUAAAAAGGAGGACUCUUGCUCUUCAGAUGUUGGCUCAGGAAACAGAGACGAGGCUGAUCACUCCGAAGGAGAUGUCACUGUCUGUGUAACGGAAGCCAAACUUGUUGGUGGUGAACACGAGAGGACUAGCUCGUUGGAGGAAUUGUUUUCACAAGAAAAGCCGGUUUCUUGCGAGCAUGAGAGGACUGUUUCCUUGGAGGAACUGCUUACUGGGGACAUACUUCUUUCAGAGCCUGAUACAAGGGAAUUAGCUACCGAGUCCAGUGGUAAUGCUAUUGUGAGUAAUGCUACAUCCGAUGGUACAGCUGAUGCUACUAAAAGGGCCAAGGGGAACAAUGUUUCGGCCAUUUCCUUCAAGAAAACAGCGAGCAAGAGGUGUGUCGAAAGCAUGGAGCUGUUUGCCUCAAAAGUCGGCAUUCUGCCCAGGAAACUCUCCAAGAAGCAUGACCCAUUCUCUGAUUCCCUCCGUAACAUGGCAAAGGAGCUGCUUGAGCUCAAGUGUGAUGGCACUCAAGAUACUGACUUGUAUGAGUUUGAAGCGAAUGGCGAUGGAUUCGACGUCAAGUGUCGGAAAAUGGCUCACCCUCCUAUUGAAACCAUGGAGGAAAGUUUCAGGAAGAGCAUUUCUUUUGAUUCACCCCAAGAUGAUGUUGGUUCAAGGGAAUGCCAGCUGGAAGUAGUGGAUCAAGAGUCAAACCAUGAGGUUCCAACUGCUGACAGUCCACAAGAUUCAGUGCCUGAUGAAAAUGGUUUUGAGCACAUCGAUGUCUACCUGACAGACAUCGUAUCACCGAGUCCCAAAGAAGAUGGAGAAGAGGAAGAAGAAGACGAUGAAGAAGAAGAGGAAGGAUGGGCGGUUGCGGCACCUGAUGAGCAUUCAUCUGUUGGCAUGCUCAAUCAUGCAUCAGAGCUUAUUCAAGAGCACACUGAGGAUAUACAUACCGAAGGUGCUUCUGAAAAUGCAUCUGAUAUGGGUGAAGAUUUGAAAGAAGUGUGCAUUUGCGAAGAGCGUGUGAACGUGGAAGAUGCUGAUGGAUGCAGUGAAUCUGAUGAGAAUGCAUCGGAGGACGAAAUCACAGAGAACAUAGGAGAGCAUGUGGCUCUAGAUGAUGUGAUCUCCUCGCCGAUUUCAUCCAAGCAAUCUGAUGAUCCUUGCCAUGUAACUCCAUUCACUCUCAAAGAUGCAGAUAUUGCAGUAGCAAGUGAAGGCCCAGACAACUACAGCACUGAAAUGGAGCAUGUCACAUUGCUGGAAACAGUCGCGGAAACGGGACUACCUAAAGUUGUGACUGAACAAGUAGUCAGCAGUGAGGCUGCCUUGCCAGAUGAUGAACAGUGCUGUCCACAUCCAGAAACUAGUUUACCACAAGAUACAGUUCUCGGUAGCUGUGAACUUCUAGACCAAAAUGAGCAACUGCAACUGCACAGCUCAUCUAUGAUGUCUGCCACUCCAGAUCCAACUGUAAACACAGGGGAAAUACAUGAAUUGCAUGAAGAACCGCCUAAUCCAUGCAACAGCAUCAGCACUGACAUUUUUGCAGAUCAAUUGGCUCCGGACUCCACUGAUUUGCCGCUGCCCAGCAUUUCAAGUUUUGAUUGGAUGCUUAGUGGUUUAAUGAAGAAGUCAUUGAACGUGCUUCCUGCUCCAUCAAGUAAUAUAAAUCUACAAGAGAUUAGUUCUUCUGAAGAUACUGAAGAAACACCACCACUUCCACCUCUUCCGCCGGUGCAGUGGCGAGCGACCAAGCUUCAGACAGGAUCCACAUCUUUAUUUGCAAAAUUGGGGAGACCACCAAGGCCAAAACCUCCAGUGAAACAGCUAGAAAAUGAAAAUAACUCCUCACCAGGCGAAACAAAUCAAGAAUCUGAAAAUGUUCAGGAAAUAGGCUGGAACAAUUGUUUUAGUUCGCAGAAGGAAAUGGCACAGGCAACAACACUUUGUAGUGAGACUCGGACAGAUCUGUUACCUGAGAGUGAUUCUCAAGAAAAUAAUGUCCAAGAAGGAUACAAAGAGUGUGAUGUGCAGUCUUCUAAUCUAUUUUGCUCAUCAGAAGUCAAGUGCAACACAGACGUUACUUCAGUAGGCGACGACAUGCACACUUUUAAGCCGCCUGAGCUUAUAGUAAUUCCAGAGGAGGCUUGGUCUGAGCUCGUAGAUAUGAAACCGAUACUGAAGCAGGAGGAAGAGAGAAAACAACAGCUCAUAAAUGGAGUUUCUGAUUGCAGUAGCAUUCAUACCAGUGGUUUGCCAAUUGAAAAGACCACUGUGGAGCAUGAAAGCUCUGACCAAAAGGAGGAAUUGUCAGCAGCAGAUAGCAACACAACUACAGAUUCAGAAGAAAACAAACCAAAUGGGCUUCCUUGUCAAGAUGAUAUUCAGAAUCCUGACUUCUCAGUGCAGCAGGAAGAUAAAUCCAAUGACAUGGUUAGGGAUUUCUCUUCAGCAUUAGAAGAGGAACUAGCAAAGUUGCCUGCUCAUUCAGUGCCAGAACUACCUAGAUAUCCUCUGCUUCAAGUUAUUUCUCAUGAUAGAAGCAUGCUGAGAAAGGCUCCAACUUUGGUUCAGCCAUCAAGUAAGCUUUCAGAUGAGAAGAACACAGUGCUGGAUCAGAUAAAGAACAAGACUUUCAACUUGAAACCGGUUGUUACAAAGAGACCAAAUGUGAUGGGUGGUCCAAGAACAAACUUGCAAGUGGCGGCCAUUCUCGAGAGGGCCAACGCGAUUCGCCAGGCGGUUGCUGAUGACGAUGACGAGGAUAGCUGGAGUGAGUAGCUUUCCUCAGAGCAAUUUGGCGGCUGAUGUUUCACAUGUUAUGCGCAGGUCUUGUGCUCGUGUUCUUGCAUGAAGAAAAUGGUAGAAUAUAUCAGUAGUCAAAAUGCACCUUUUUCUUCAUCUCGAGAACACCAUGCCAAGACAGUUUGAUCUGUGCUAGCGUAUUUUGACGUUUUCGGGGCAUGCCAUAUGUUUAUUAUCUUUUGAUGUGCCUCCUGAAGUUUGAUUUUUGAUAAGGACUGUAUGUGUACGCCCAUAGACUAGUGUGAUUGUUGUAACUUGAGUGUAUAUAGAAGAAGCAAAAGUGCA